AUGUCAUCUUCGAACGAGCAUCUGCAAUAUGGCGUUGGACUUGACCUCAAGUACUGUUUUGAUCGUCCUCGCACAUUGAAGGUUGAGAAGCAAUGGUCAUUCAGCGGUAAAGAUUAUGUGGUCAAAGAUGAGGAAGGCAAUGUAUUGUUGAAGAGUUACGGGAGAGCCUUCACAGCUAGUAACGCUUUGAUUUCCUUCAAAAUAUAUGGAUUAUACCUUGGUGCUAAUCCAAAAGACGCUUUCGGUUUCAGAACAAAUUUCAAGGAUUUGCUCACCGGUGAAGAUAAAGAAAUUGCAAUCACGUUGGAUUCCUACCGACCGUAUGUAAGAAGAGGUGCGAUCAGACUUCGAAAUCAUCAUGGGACUGAAGGCCGCAAUGAUAGGAUUGAAGGUGAAGAUACAUAUAUCGGUUUCAUGAAUAAGAAUAAGAAGGAUGCUAGGUCUUAUCAUUAUCAAAUUGAAAUUGAACCGAACGUCGAUUACAGAUUGAUUGCCAUCACAGUAAUCUGCAUGGCGCAUCUGACGUUCUCCAGUUACUAA